ACGACCAGCGGUGUCAGCUCAGCAUCAGGUCUCAGUGGUCUAUCGGGUGCUUCUGGUUCUCUUGAUAAACCUGAACAACGACAACAGAUUGUCGGACAAAUAUCAGCUAUGGGUUUUCCGGAGGACAUGAGUUUGCGUGCCUUGAAGAUGACAGGCUGGCGUGUAGACGCAGCGAUAGAUUUUUUAAAGCAAGCUCAAGGUGAAACACUAAACGGCUUACAAAAACUAAAUUCAAAACUAAUAAGAAAGCCAAGCCUUGAACGGGAGCUGAGUCUUCAACGAGGCAGUCCAGCAUUGGACAGCGGAGCGGGAAGUUCAAGAUCAGACAGUCCUCGGUUGGCUGAAUUAAGCCCACAUCCACAGCUAAGUCGUCAGUACUCACCGAAUAGUUUCGUUGAACGAGAAACACCACCUCCACCACCUCCGAGAUGCAGCUCAACACCACCUCCGCCUCCACCACCUCACGCACCUUACAGUCAGCCUACUGUACCUACAAAUAUGCAACAAAUGCUCAAACGAAUGUCCCCGGCGCCUGUUGUGCCAACACGAGCGCCAGCAGCUGCUCCGGGGAGCUCUAAUUCAGCCUCAGGAUCUGUCAAUCCUCCUCAGCGUGGCACCAGCCCCGUCGCAAGCUCCAGUAAUUCGUCCAAUGGACGACAGCCCAUGAUUGUACAAAACGGACCGCAAGUUCAACAGCAGCUGUCUCAGCAGAUGCAAGCACUCAGCAUUUACCAGACAAGCAAUAAUAACUCCAGUACUCAGGUCGAGCCUCCUCCGCCAUACCCGAUUGUUCCCUCCUCGACCGCGGGUACUGUACAGCCUCCCUCUUACAGCGCGUCGAUGCAGAACCGACAGAGUCCAACUCAGUCGCAACAGGACUAUCGAAAAAGUCCCUCUUCGGGUAUUUACUCAGGACCAACUUCUGCUGGUUCACCAAGUCCAAUAACAGUGUCGACAGUCCCUCCCAGUACUCAAGGAUCAAUGGCACGGCCAACACCUCUCCAAGCAUGGGGUGCGAGGCAGGCUAAAACCCAACCACCAAUAAUAAUGCAGUCUGUAAAAAGUACUCAAGUUCAAAAGCCAGUUCUUCAGACCGCGAUAGCACCUACCUCGCCUCAGCCUAUUUCUACGAGUAAUACACCACCUCCACCACCUCCUUCGUAUGCUACAUCGAUCCAGCAAAAGCAGCAACAACAACAACAACCUCCACCACCGGCUUAUCCUCCAGUUAACAAUACCACUGCUGCUGCUGCUGCGGUUGCUGCUACACCCGCGACGAUAAGCCUAGGUGUCCCUACAACAGAACCGCCUAGUUACGCCACAACGAUGCAGGUUCUGGCAGCUCAACGCACUAUGCAUCAUCCUCUACCACCUCCGCCGUACGGUACGCCAACAGAAGACCCCAUGGCCACUGUUGAGAGUACCAGUGCUCCACGUUCCUCGCCUGUAGCACAUCAUCCACCUCUGCAGAGAAAGUACUCGCCUGUCGACAGUUGUCAGCAGCAUCAUAUUGAGUCACCACCGCUUCCACCAACUGCUUCGACUUCUGUGUCGGCAAGGAACACCAACAAUCAUCCACCUUCGCCGGAGAACUGUGCUGGCAAGGGUGGUCCCACCUCGCCGUACAAGAUAAAGCACCAAUCACCUAUACCUGAACGCAAACACAUGAGUAAGGAGAAAGAAGAGGAACGCAGAGAUUGUAAAGUGAGGAAUUAUUCUCCUCAAGCGUUCAAAUUCUUCAUGGAGCAGCAUGUUGAGAAUGUUGUUAAGUCUUACAGCCAACGGAUGUACAGGCGGGUUCAGCUGGAGAGAGAGAUGGCUAAAAUAGGACUCAGUGCUGAAGCCCAGUGUCAGAUGAGAAAAAUGCUCUCCCAGAAGGAGUCUAAUUAUAUUAGACUCAAGAGGGCUAAAAUGGACAAAAGUAUGUUUGCUAAAAUAAAACCUAUUGGUGUUGGUGCAUUUGGUGAAGUGACACUUGUUAGAAAGUUAGAUACUAAUCAAUUUUACGCGAUGAAAACACUUAGAAAAGCUGAUGUACUAAAUCGUAAUCAAGUGGCUCAUGUUAAAGCCGAGCGAGAUAUACUUGCUGAGGCUGACAAUGAAUGGGUCGUGAAACUUUAUUAUUCAUUUCAAGACAAGGAUAAUCUUUAUUUUGUAAUGGAUUAUAUACCAGGUGGUGAUUUGAUGUCGCUGUUAAUAAAGUUUGGUAUUUUUAAAGAGCCAUUGGCGAGGUUUUACAUUGCCGAGCUGACUUGUGCCGUUGAAAGUGUCCAUAAAAUGUCAUUUAUUCAUCGUGAUAUCAAACCGGAUAAUAUUCUUAUUGAUCGCGAUGGACACAUUAAACUUACAGACUUUGGGCUCUGCACAGGAUUCCGCUGGACUCACAAUUCAAAGUAUUACCAGCAAAAUGGUCAUAGUAAGCAGGAUUCAAUGGACCCAGCUGAUGACUGGAACAACGAGUGUCGUUGUAUUCAAUUAAAACCUCUAGAGCGACGACGACACCGUGAACAUCAACGUUGUUUAGCACAUUCUCUAGUCGGGACGCCAAAUUACAUCGCCCCGGAAGUUUUACAACGUACUGGUUACACGCAGUUGUGCGACUGGUGGAGUGUCGGUGUCAUUCUCUAUGAGAUGUUAGUUGGUUCCCCACCAUUUCUUGCCAAUACCCCUGCCGAAACACAGUUAAAGGUUAUAAAUUGGGAAACAACACUACACAUACCGAAGCAAGCUAAUCUCUCGCCUGAAGCCAUGGAUUUAAUCCUGAAGCUAUGUGUGGGUGCGGACCGUCGACUCGGUAAGAAUGCGGAUGAGGUGAAGAGUCAUCCCUUCUUUGAGAGCAUUGACUUUGAGAAGGGCCUGCGUCGUCAGGUCGCGCCGCACAUACCGCGCAUACAGUAUCCAACCGACACGAGCAACUUUGACCCCGUGGAUCCAGAUAAGCUUAGGAACUCGGAGACUUCGGAUUCAAAUAAAUCAGAUGAGCUACUGGACAACGGGAAACCCUUCCACGGUUUCUUUGAAUUCACAUUUCGUCGGUUUUUUGAUGACGGCGGUGGUGCGCCUUAUCCUAGUCGAAUAAGUUUGGAUGACAACGACAACCAAGGCCCGGUCUAUGUAUGACAUUAGGCCAUAAGCCGAACAAUGUGUCUGGAAAAAUUAAUUAUUCAUUUUAUUUAGACACACAACGCCGUACUAUCUCUACCUAUACUACUCCACAUCUUGUAGGUACAAAUUACUCUGUAUCAUAUUUAUUAAGCGUUGUUGUCGCCGUCGUUAUUAUUAUUAUGAUUAUUAUUAUUAUUAUUAUUAUUAUUAUUAUUAUUUUUAUUAUUAAUAUUAUUAUUAAUUAUUUUUAAAAAAUACUCUCGACAAUCGUGCUGUUGCUGGUACCUUCGUGAUUUAUUUGACAUAGUCGAAACACGAUAAAUAGUUUACUCCAAGUAGCAAGUCAUGAAGACUUUUUUUGUUUUAAAAAAAGUCUACGGAAUAAUAUCAAGAGAAUUAUUUACAUACUAGACCGUAAAAUCUAUUAAUAUUUUUUAGCUAGGUUAUUUUAUUAAAACUGUAUUGUCGUGAAUUAAUGUUUAAAUAAGAAAGGGGUAAUUAAUUGAGUAAACACACAUUUUAUCGUGGGAUUAUUUUGAAAAAUUUUUAUUUUUGAUCAGAUAGACUGAUUUUAACGAAAAAAAUAACUAUGAAAAUAAAAAUUAAAACAAAUAAUCAAUUGGAUAAAAGUGCGCGUUUUGUGUGUUUCUGCGAGUACUGUGAUAUUGCCGAUUUAAUUAGAAUAAUAUGGCUUAUACCUACACUCGGCUCUUAUUUAAAUUUGGUUUUUUAUUAUUAUUAUUAUUAUUAGUAUUAUUAUUAGUAUUAUUUGUUUUUUUUUUCUUUUUUAUAAAAGAAUACAAAAAAUACGUCUAAUAAUGAUUAAAAUGAUUCAAUAAUAAUAAUAAUAAUAAUAAUAAUAUAUAAUCUUUCUUACAGUGGAUGGAAAUAAUGUGUUCAUCGCAAUUUAUGAUGCCUAGUAGAAUUUAUGAGACUCGUAAUAAUAAUUGUUCAUUAAAAAAAAGCAUCAAUCUAAUCUCAAUAUCACUUUUUUUUCUAACUAUUAUAAUAAAUAAUUAUUUUUUAUCAUCAUAAUUAUUACGAGGUUUCGUUUUAAGUUGCCCAGUGAAUCAAUUGUUAGUCGGUGACAAUUUUUGCAAUAUAAAUUUUUAAAAAAUUUGCAAUCAAAACUUUAUAUCGUAAAACUGAAUACGAAGCCAUAACUGUGAGCUUCUUAAAAAAAUUAUUGUUUUAAACAACGAAAGUAAAUAUAUAUAAAAUAGAUAUGUAUUUAAAUAUAAAAAUAUAUAUUUUUUACAAUAUGUACAAAACGCGAAAUUACGAGUACUAUUUUACUGUAGAAAUUCGUAGUUAUUAAUUAAUCAUAAUGUGCCUUUACGUUUAAUUAAAUAAUUAAAAAAAAUAUAUAUAUAUAUAAAUAUAAAUAUAUAGGUAUUUAGAGAAAGCAAUUGGCUGAAUAAACUUUAUAAAAGUUUUAAAGUGGCCUUGUUUUUAAAAAUAAAAACAAAUCGAAUAAUUACGUGAUAUAGUGUGGCUUUUUAUAUUUGACUUAGACUUGUGAAACCAAUCGAUUUGAUAAAUAUAUUAAAUCAUUAUGAUAAUAAUAAUAGUAAUAAUAAUGAUUAAUAAUUGAUAUCUAUUAUAUAGUUUGUAGAAAAUAAAUGAAUUGCAAUGUAUGUACCAUGUACAGACGUAAUGGUUUAACUAUUUUAGUAGAAUCACUUUGAAUUGUGUAUAAUAUAUCGCUAAACUGGUGCAUAAGCGGAGCUAAGAGUGCCUUUUUAUCUUAGAAUUUAAUAUUUCUGGUAAUUAAUUUUUUUGAAUUAUCCAUUUUACUUUAUUUAUUUUAAAUAAAUUAAUAACGACAAUUAUUCGAGAUUACAUCUAACUAAAUAAGACACAUACAUAUGUGUAUUAUAUAUUUUUGGUCUUCUCGCAAGUGCUCUUCAAUAUAAUUUUUAUCUAUACAAAUUCGAUAUUUUAACUAAUAUUCAGUAACGUUGUGUCUCUCUGAACACACGUAGUCAGGUUCAGUAUGUAAACCUAGUGGCCCGGAGCGCCGUACUCUCCGGGGGAGAGUUUUCGGCGCUAUCGGAAAUUGAAUGAAUUUAAUUUUGUUUAUAUAUAUAUAUAUAUAUAUAUAUAUAUAUA